AUGGAAGUGAGUGAGAGCAGAAAAGCCCGUGUAGAGAAAGCUAUGCAUUCUUUGCUUGUCGAGUGGAAGAAUCUCGAACAUGCAGAUUCUUCCACUCAACGACUGUUACAAGAUUGCUGCGCUGAUAUUCAAUCGAGACAGGAACGGUUGAAUUCGGUGCAGGAAUCUGUAACAAGCAGUCAUCGAAAGCUUGAAGAAAUUACAAAAAGUGUGGGAGAGAGAUUAGAGGAAGUCGAGAGUCGAGAGAGGGGUUUGAAGGCAAUGCACGAGGAAUUGGAGUCGAAAAUGAAGGAGUUGGAUUCUGUCAAGGGGGAUCUGGAGAGUGGGCUGAUAGAUGUUGAGGCGAGAGAGAAGAGGAUUGAGGAUCAGAUGAAGUUGAUCGAAGGGGUUUUCGAGAAGUUUUGUUCCGAGAGGAAGGAGGUUGAGAGGAUUAAGGGUUGGCUUGAGGGCAGAUUUGAGGAGGUAAAGUUGAAGGAGAAAGGAUUGGCUAUUAAAGAAAAGAGUAUUAAAAAUCGUGAGAUUAAAUUAGGCAAGUUAAUGGCUGAUUAUGAUUUGAAAAUGAAAAAUGUGGAAGCAAAGGAGAAAGAACUUGAGAUUAAGGAGAAGAGUAUUGAUGAUCAUAAAAGUAAACUCGAUCAGGUAUUGCAUCACUAUAUGGGGGAAAUGAUGAAUGUGAUGAAAAAGAAAGAGGAAGUAAAAAAUCGCGAGGAUGAACUGGACGAGAUGUUGGUUGAGAUUGAUUUGUCGAAGAGGAAUGUGAUAGAGAUGGAGAAACAAGUUGAAUUUAAGGAGAAGAUCAUUCAAAUUCACGAGACUAAUAUGAAUAAAGCUUGGGCUGAGCUUGAAAUGAAAAGCAAAGAAGCCAGCAGUGUGGAGUACUCAAUUGUAAAACCCGAGCCAUGGAGCGAUGAUGGUUCUUAUGCAGAUAUAAGGUUUUCUGUUACCAUGGAUGGAAACAGCUUGCUCUUAUAUUUGAUCAACCAUAAAGGGGAUCUUGAUUCCAUGUCUGAUGAAGUUUACGAGGCACUUGGGAAAUCAAAGGAGCCUAGAAAACUGGUCUUAGAUGCACUGCAAAGCUUUUACUCGAAGAAGGAAGCUGAGGAGUUUGAAGAGGAUGUAGUUUGUAGAAGCACCAGCCUUUUGUUGGAGCAGUUGAGGAGAAUUUCUCCUCAUAUUCAGUCAUAUCAUAAAAGGGCAGCACUAAAACUUGCGAGCCAAUGGAAGGAAAAAAUGAAGAGCUCAAAGGAGUUCAUUGUUUUCUUGCAGCUUUUAGCAUCCUACAAAUUAGAGUCAUCUUUUCAUCCAGAAGAGUUCUUCAGUCUCUUUGAGGUUAUCAAUCAGCCGACAGAGAUUUCAGAAUUAUUUCAGCUCCAUAAUUACAUGGGAAAAGUUAAUGAUUUUAUAACAAGUCUCAUUGAGAAGGGGCGCCGGCUUAUGGCCAUUCGUUACAUAUAUGGAUUUAAGCUUGUGGAGAAGUUCCCGCCUGUGCCGAUUCUAAACGAUCAUAUAAGCUUCAGCAAUUUGCUUGCUGAAAAAGUACAAGUGCAGAAAAGCUCUGAUGAACCAGAAGGUAUUGCAAUAGGCAAACAACUAGCUUCCCUGAGAGCAGUUGUCAAGUGUAUUAAAGACCAUCAGCUUGAAGUUGAAUAUCCUCCUGAAAGUCUUUUAGCACGAAUUCAGCAGCUAAAAGCAAAAAGAGCUGAUAUGCCUCAGAAUUCUGGAAAGAAACGACGUGCUGCAGGCCCUAAAGCUCAAACGGGAGGGAGUAACAGGAAACGUAGACAUGAAAUUUGGGAUGAAAUGCCAUAUGAGGACAAAGCCACUAUCAUGUUCAUGCAACCUGAUCACUAUCGUGAAGAGCAAAGGCUCGAGGCAGAAAGGAUGACAGCGAUACGCAAGCAAGAGGGGAUAAUCAAGUUCGAGGGGAUGAUGGCUCAUAAGUUGAAGAAGCAUAAGGAAGAGGACAAGCACUAA